AUGGAGCUGAUCGAGCUGCGGGAGCUGCAGCCGGAGCCGCGGCCGGGCCGGGGCCGCCUGGAGCGGGCCAACGCGCUGCGCAUCAGCCCGGCCCGCCGGCACGGCCCCGCGGCGCGGCCCGAGCCCCGGCUGGCGGCGGCACCGGGCACCGGGCACCGCUUCGAGCCGCGGCGCCGCGGGCUCCACACCUGGUGCGACCUCUGCGGGGACUUCGUCUGGGGGGGCGGCAGGAAGAGCCUCCAGUGCCGCCACUGCAGCUUCACCUGCCACUACCGGUGCCGGGCCCUGGUGCGGCUGGACUGCAGCGGCCCCCUGGGCACCGGGGACGAGGACGACGGCACCGAGCAGGAGCUGGAGAAGGACACGAAUGUGGAUGAGCCCAGCGGCUGGGACACGGCGGAGCUGGACCCGGCGCAGGUGGAGCAGCGCAUCAAGGAGUACAACAGCCAGAUCAACAGCAACCUCUUCAUGAGCCUGAACAAGGAUGGCUCCUACACCGGCUUCAUCAAGGUGCAGCUGAAGCUGGCGCGCCCCGUCUCCGUGCCAGCUGUCAAGCGGGGUCCCGGAGGGCGGCCGGGGCAGCGCGGCCCAGGGGUGAAGCGCCGCACCUCCUUCUACCUGCCCCGCGGCACCGUCAAGCACCUGCACGUCCUCUCGCACACCCGUGCCAGCGAGGUCAUCAGCGCCCUGCUCAGGAAGUUCACCGUGGUGGACGACCCCCGCAAGUUCGCCCUCUUCGAGAGGUCCGAGAAGGAUGAGCAAGUGUACCUGCGCAAGCUGUCCGACGAGGAGCAGCCGCUGCGGCUGCGCCUGCUGGCCGGCCCCAGCGAGAAGGCGCUGAGCUUCGUGCUGAAGGAGAACGACACCGGGGAGGUGAACUGGGACGCCUUCACGCUGCCCGAGCUGCACAACUUCCUGCGCAUCCUGCAGCGCGAGGAGGACGAGCAGGUGCGACGUGUCCGCCACCGCUACGCCUGCUGCCGCCGCGAGAUGCAGGAGGCCCUGGCCACGCGCACGCCGCGGUGA